AUGGAAAGGAGUACCAGGGAAAGCCUAGUCUCUGAAUUCCUCCUCCGUGGUUUCUCGUCCCAACCAGAGCUUCAAGGAUUCCUCUUCCCACUUUUCCUUACUAUGUAUGUACUUAACGUCCUGGGCAAUGGGACAAUCAUCUUUGUUAUUCGCUCUGAUAUGCAGCUGCUUCAGUCCCCUAUGUACUAUUUUCUCAGCCAACUUGCCAUAGCUGACCUGUGUUCCACCUCCACUGUUGUCCCCAAGAUGCUAGAGAACCUGCUAUCUCAGAAAAAAACCAUCUCCUACCACGGCUGCAUAAUUCAGAUAUGUUUCUAUGGCUAUUUUGUCAAUUUGGAUAACUUCCUGCUCGCAGCCAUGGCCUAUGACCGCUAUGUGGCCAUUUGUUACCCACUGAGCUAUUUGGCGUUGAUGAGCCACAAGAAUUGCCUUCAACUGGCCACUGCGUGCUGGACUCUCCCACUACUUGAUGCUUUGCUUUAUACCGUUUUGAUGGCUCGUGUCGAGUUCUGUGACCCGGGGGAGAUCCCUCAUUUUUUCUGUGACAUUUACCCCAUGCUGGAUAUCUCAUGCUCAGACACCAGUCUCAUAGAGCUGCUACUGAUGACCGAGGGGUCAGUGGAUAUCCUGGGGCCAUUUGUGCUCAUUCUCAUUUCAUACAUUUUCAUCUUCUACGCUAUAAUGAAGAUUCCAUCAGCGACAGGGAAGCGUAAGGCUUUCUCUACGUGCGGGUCUCACCUUUCUGUGGUUGUCUUGUUCAUCGGGACUUUAAGUUGGGUCUAUUUGAAGCCUCAUUCCAGGAACUUAAAACUGCAGGACAUAGUGGCGACUGUGAUGUACGGUAUGGUAACCCCCAUGCUGAAUCCCUUCAUUUACAGCCUCAGGAAUAGUGAGAUGAAGGCAGCUAUGAGAAGAAUAAUUAGGCAGUAUUUCCAUUAA